AUGGAAUCCACAUCCUCGCCCGUUCACACCGAUCCAGUUGCCCAUUCACCUUCCGACGUGUCUUAUUCCUCUGGAGCUUCCCAUACCUCAACUCGAACCACGUCUCCUGCUACUUCCUCUCGUCGAUCCUCCCCCCUCCUCGAUCUCCAUUAUCUAACCACGACGCAUAUAGAGGGCGCCAACCACACACUGCUCGAUACUCAGCCUAAGAUGGACAGAAGAGCUUUCCAGCCAGUCAACGCCCGUCGGGACAAGCUCAUCGCUGAGGGUGGUAGCGAGAACACACCCGACCAUGACGGUUCUCAGUUUCAGCGACCGUUCCAGCAGGCUCAAGCCUUGAGAUCUAGUGGAACCAUUGGCGUCCAGGCAACACGAAGCCUCACUUCCAACAACUGGAGAACCCAGUCUAUGGCUCAGGCUGUCAAUGAGAAUCUAUACAACCCCUUCGAUUCUGCUUCCCGUGCUCCCAUGGGCUAUGGCAGUCGUACUCCGACUUCGUUUCCGCUCGGGCCCCCUGCUCGAAUGGAUAACCAGCAGACCGGGAUGAUCGUUGCGAAUAUGGCCACCUUCUCUGACAUUCAGCUUGACAACAGCUACGCCUACUGUUUCGAUCGAGGUAAUGGACAAUACACCCGCCUUAUACCUGCCGAUAUGCUUCCGCCUCUCCAGACCAUCCCAGCCGUUCAGCAGGGCUGUCAGGGCAUGAUCGUUCUGCCCCAACCUCGAUCUUUUCCCGCAAACGGCCGAUCGAGUAACACUGAGCCGGUAGACCUCAGGACUCCUCCUGCUACCCCUACAAGCCCUACGGACAAUAUUCAGUCCCGAAUCGACAACAUUGUCGCCUCGACCCCGGCUACCCCGACGCACCACCACCAGCAACACGGCCACCACCCGACGAGCUCGGCAGGCUCUUCGCAUGGCGGCCCGCAGCACCACCACCACAAUCACAGCCACCAGCAGCAGCAACAGCAGCCCCAGCGGCGCCCCAAGAUCUACUGUGACAAGUGGGUCCAUGAGGGCGUAUGUGCCUUCACCCAGCAGGGCUGCAAGUACAAGCACGAGAUGCCCUUUGACAAGGCCACGCAGAACCAGCUGGGCCUGUUCCACGGCCUGCCGGCUUGGUGGAAGAAGCACCAGGCCGAGCUGGCGCGCCAGAGGGACGUCCCGGCCGCCGCCGGCACCCAGGCUGGCGGGUGUUCCACGGCAGGGGCCGGUGGUAGCCAGGGGUUGAGCACCAGCGUCAACCAAAUUCGAGCCGCCGGUGAGAGGUCUGUGGGUGGUCUUGGGGGCCGAGGCAACCUCAGUAGUGGCGGUGGAAGUGUCGCGACCAAUACUGCGUCCACUCUUGCCUGGCGACAGCGCAGCCAGGGGCUCGGCAACAACGGGAGCGACGACCGAGGCCGCGUGAGCCAGUUGGGCUCAGGCACCGGCGUAGGCGGCCACGGUGCCGGCUCACUCAGCGCCUCAGUUUGGAACCCGUCCCCCUUUGGCCCCAUUGCACCUCCCCCUCGCGCGGCUGGCCAGGCCUCCCAGAGUUCGACCAGCCCGACAAGUGGUAUAGGAUCCAGUCUCCCCAUCCCCACGGACAACCCGUACGCGUCCCUCGGGGACCUAGACGAGGACAAGAGUGAGGAGCAGGGCAACGGCGUCCAGCUGGCCUGA